AUGUGGAUGGCCUUGCGUAAUCAUUCAUACAUGCAGCAUUCCUUUUUUUUCUUAAAAAAAAAAACCCCGGGGAUACCAAUGUUAAGUCUUUUUUUUUUUUCUUGCGUGUCUAUUGCGAGGUGCUGUCGCAAAGCAAUGGAGGCGAAGUUGGAGGCUGUUGUCGCAGCUCUGCAUGGACGAUUUGAUAAAAAUGGGUCCUUCUCUCAUCCAUCGCAUGCUUACGGUAUUGCGUGGGAGUUGGUGAACGCCCUGGCUGCGACGGAGCGUCGGUGUCAGCUGCAGCGUCUCCUUUUGCUCUUCGAGGAGAAUCGAGAUGACUACACGGUGGGGCAAAUUGUUUCCGCUGGGUCUUUGGUGCGUGCAUGCGGCCUUUUGCUCGAGCACGACGUGUGGCGAUGGGAGCGAGCGAUGCAUUCGAUACUUGUGUCACACCCACCUUUUUCGAGGGAUGUCGUCUCGUCCGUCUGUUUUUGCGUUGCGCAGAUGGCAGUGUGCGGCGACUCCGUUGCGUUGAUUGGAGUGGCUGGGGCAUCGCUACAGAACACUGCUUUGGGUGAAUCUUUGCCGGAGGAGGUUGCGAGUGAGCUGCUGGCGGAGUGUACCGACGUUCUUGUGAGGCGGCAUCGGGAGGAAGAGGAGGAAAAGGAGGAAGGAGACACGAAUGAGGGAAAGGACCCGAGAGGAAAAUCUUCUUCACGCCGUGCGGCGCUGAGGGAUGCGUUGAUUGGGUACGCACUGGAUGCGCUCUCGUGCAAACGUGGGGCUGAGGCACUGAGUUCUCUUCUUUCUUGUCGUGUGUUGAUACCACUACUUCUCUCCGGCGGCCACCAGUCGCUUGAAAGCCACCAU